UUCCCAAACACUUUCUAUAAAUACAAUCCCCAUUUCAACUCUCAGUUUCAUUCAUUCAUCCUCUUAAUCCGUUUUCCGUACCCACAUUUCUAAUCUUUGGUCCCCGUUUGACACAUUUAUUCAAAAUGGAAUACGAAAAUGGAUACCAGCAACAGAUCUCAGUGUCAAAAUAUGAAUGCCUCCUCUUUGAUGUUGAUGAUACCCUGUAUCCUUUUAGCUCUGGGUUGUCUACACAAUGCACCAAAAAUAUCAGAGAGUACAUGGUGAAGCAUCUGGAUAUCGAUGAAAGUAAAGUCCCGGAAGUCUGUGCUCAACUCUACAGAGAUUACGGGACAACUAUGGCUGGUCUUCGGGCUUUUGGCUAUAAUUUCGACUAUGAUGAGUACCAUAGUAUUGUCCAUGGAAGAUUGCCCUAUGAAUAUCUUAAACCCGACCCAGUUCUUAGAAGUCUUUUACAUAGCUUGCCCAUAAGGAAAGUGAUUUUCUCAAAUGCAAAUGAGGCCCACGUCGCCGAAGUCCUUAAACGUCUUAGAUUGGAGGACUGCUUUGAUGAUGUCAUAUGUUUUGAGACUCUAAAUCCUAAAAACCAAGUAAAUGACACUGAUGCUCCUAAGAAUAUUGUUAUCGGAGAUGACAAUGAUAGUGAACCGACUGUUUCACUUCCCGAGAGUCCUAUUGUUUGUAAGCCAUUUGAAAAUGCUUUUCAGCAGGCCUUCCGCAUCGCAAACAUUAACCCUCAUAAAACUUUGUUCUUUGAUGACAGUAUACGCAAUAUACAAACAUCAAAACUCAUGGGCCUCAGCACUGUGUUAGUUGGGUCGUCACAACGUAAACAAGGGGUGGAUUACGCUUUAGAGAGCAUCCACAAUAUCAGGGAAGCACUGCCAGAGCUAUGGGAACCGGUUAACAAGUCCAGAGACGUUGGAUUAUCACAAAAGAUUGCAAUCGAGACUCCUGUGGAAGCAUAACUGUACUUUUGUUUUCAUGUGUAAUAGUCCAUAUCAAUAAUUCAAGUCUAGUUCUUACUAUA